GUGGCGGCAAAACAGCGAUGAUGCCUUACAAACAUCUUACGGGAAUUAAUUUCACUACAAACGUUUAGAAACGAGCGGAAUGGAGUAAAUGAAGGCGUUUUAUACAUAUGGUGCGCGUUCGCGUGCAAUAGCCUAUUUAUUGGUUAACGCAAGGCGAAAACCGUGAACGCUUCGUCGACUCGAAUUUAAGAGGUUUUGUUUUACAGCAACCUUUAUACAGAAUGAACCAGUGUAAAGUAAUGAAUGACGGGUAUCUGGAGAAGAGGAGUAAUGGACUUCUCCAGCUGUGGAAGAAGAAGCGCUGCGUUCUGUCAGAUGAAGGACUCCGACUGUACGGCUGUAAAGGCGACAGCGGUAAAGAGAUGCGCUUCGAGCAGAUGACCACUCUGGAUUGUGUGGAGUAUAAACGGGGUCUGGUGUACUUCACCAUCGUGAUGAACGAUGGUAAAGAGGUCGACUUCAGGUGCCAGCAGGAGGGGACGGCGUGGAACGCAGAGAUCGCGCUUGCGCUCGUGCGCUUCAAGAACCGUGUCGCCGUUCAGACCGGCAGGAACAGGCAUUUGUCACAUCUGGGAAGCUGCGGGGAAGGUGACGUCGAACUUUGAGGAUUUCUCAGCCCAGACGCCGGACCGGAUCCAAAAUACAGAGAGUGUGGAUGACAAAUUGAAGGCCCAAAGUUGAGGAAACCUUUAAAACUCAUAUAUUACUUUUUUGUGCUUCCACCAUUUUUCAAAGUGACACCUUUGGCGCGCACAGACACAGUGGAUGGAUCUGUUGGUGUUACGCCACGGAUAUUUUUCAUACACAGUGGAGUUUUUCAUGCACUUUUAUUGCACACGUCAAAACAGAAAGGAUAACUCUUCUCCAUAACUCAAUGCUGAUUCCACUCCUCACUUUGCCAGAGUGGAACUUGGCUUUGACUUGACACUUUUUAAGGCAUGUUUACCUCAUGCAAAAUGGAGGACUCACACACAGUAUUAUGAGCGUGAUGCUGCUUUAGGGGACAUUAAGUUUAAAUGAAGUAUGACUCACAGCUGCACUGUUUAACAUUUCAUAAGUGUUUGAACACAGAAUCUGGAUUCAUUCGCUUGUAAAGCUUAUUAAACCACCCAGACAGAAGACCAGACCAGACCGCUGUUGCCUGGAAUGUAUCUCCACAGGAUGGAAAUCUUGAUGGAUGUGCUUUUAUUUUGUUUUCCAUUGGGCAAGGCUGUUAUUCCUGCCAUUUCUUUUCUAACCACAGUGGUUGCCAGAGUAAAAAAUAAGUAUAAUGAUGGUCUGUGUGAUGGUUAAAAAAGAUUAUACAGGAAAUGCAUUUGGAGUGUGCACUCAUUAUGUCAUUAUAUUGUCCGAAUAAAAAAGAACAAUUUUGUGGCUUUGUAUGAAA